GGAGUUAACAAAAUCAAGCAGGUGUUCCCUUCUCUACUCCCCUCGAGCCCCAACCUCAAAGCUCUUCUUCAAUGGCGGUUCCAUCUCCAGAUGCAACAGAAAAGCUUCAUCAACCCAUCAAUGGCGUCCAGGAGAUGGAAUUUGACCCAAGUGCCCCUCCUCCAUUCAAGGUGGCUGACAUCAGAGCUGCCAUUCCCGACCAUUGUUGGGUUAAGAAUCCAUGGAGGUCACUCAGCUAUGUCCUCAGGGACAUUUUAGUCAUUUCCUUAUUGGUCGCCAUAGCUGUUUUCUUCAGAACCACUUCAUGGGUUUGGCCUCUUUACUGGGCUGCACAAGGCACAAUGUUUUGGGCAAUCUUUGUUCUUGGCCAUGAUUGUGGCCAUGGAAGCUUUUCAGACAACCCUAAUCUCAAUAGCUUUGUGGGCCAUAUUCUGCAUUCAUCAAUCCUAGUACCCUACCAUGGGUGGAGAAUUAGUCACAGAACUCAUCAUCAAAAUCACGGUCAUGUCGAAAACGAUGAAUCAUGGGUUCCGUUAAAUGAAAAGACAUACAAGACAUUGGAUGCUCCCACCAAGCUUCUCAGAUUCAAAAUCCCUUUCCCAUUAUUUGCAUACCCAUUGUACCUGUGGCAGAGAAGCCCAGGGAAAUCCGGGUCGCAUUUCAACCCGUAUAGUGGAAUGUUCAACCCGAAUGAAAGGCAUUAUAUCUUGACAUCCACUUUGUGUUGGGCUCUAAUGGUGGCCAAUCUUUGCUAUCUGUCAAUUGUUAUUGGGCCAACCCUAUUGUUCAAUCUCUAUGGCAUCCCUUAUUUGAUUUUCGUGAUGUGGUUGGAUUUCGUCACGUAUUUGCAUCACCACGGCCACGAGCAAAAGCUUCCGUGGUAUCGCGGCAAGGAAUGGAGCUACUUGAGGGGAGGGUUGACAACUGUUGAUCGAGAUUACGGAAUAUUCAACAACAUCCACCACGAUAUCGGCACUCACGUCAUCCAUCAUCUUUUCCCGCAAAUCCCGCACUAUCAUUUGAUUGAAGCGACAAAAGCUGCAAAGUCGGUGCUCGGGAACUAUUAUCGAGAGCCGAAAAAGUCUGGUCUGAUACCGGUUCACUUGAUAGACAACUUGGUUAGAAGUAUCAAACAAGAUCACUAUGUUAGUGACACUGGUGAAAUAGUUUACUACCAAACAGAUUAUCGAAUGAUUGGCAAAAAAAUGGAGUGAUUAAACCCUAAUUUCAACAUUUCUUUGUGAGAAAAAACUCUCGAAAGGGAAAUAAAACAAAUUUAGUGGUUAUAUUACUGUAUUAUUUGUUGUUAUGUAACAGAUCAUGAAAUAUCUGUAAGUUGGUUUAUUAAUUAAAAGUUGGCACUUACUAUCAA